AAGGUGGAGGGCCCGGGGACGCGAGGAACCAAGGAGUCGGUCAACGACUCGAAGGACGAAGACGGAUCGGACGUCGCUUCGACUCUGAGCGGCCUGCUAGCCGGUCUUCCGACCUUGGCGGGCCCCCAACGCCUCGCCAAUUCUCUCAGGCAAAAGUUUGCCAGUAACUCGGGUUACCCCCGGCCCGGCCUGAUGCGCGCCGCCCCAAUCGCGACGAUCGCGCUUGGUCACGCUCGCUUGCCGAGGUCGCAACGAGGUGACCGCGGUUAGUUGCUCCCUCUAGACAAACAGGGAAACCGGGAAGCGACCGGGAGCGAGAUCGGUCUCGCGAGCGAGACUAGAGCAGCUAGCUAGAGUCUCGAGCCGCCAUGACGACGAUACCGAUACUCAACAUGGAGUUCGGCGAGCUCAAAGAGAUCGUCUGGACGAAGCUUCAGGAGCCAAAGGCGCAGCGCAAGCUGAUCCUGGUGAUCGUGUCGGUGGCGCUGUUGCUGGACAAUAUGCUGUACAUGGUGAUCGUACCGAUCAUACCCGACUAUCUGCAGUACGUCGGUGCGUUCGGGCCCGUAGAGGAGAACACGGAGAACACAACCGGACCGCCCGCUCAUCAUGGCCAGGAUUCCGCCACAGGGGUGCUGUUCGCGUCGAAGGCGAUCGUGCAGCUAAUGGUGAACCCGUUUUCCGGUGCGCUCAUCGACAAGAUCGGCUACGACAUCCCCAUGAUGAUCGGGCUGUGCAUAAUGUUCCUGUCGACCAGCGUGUUCGCGUGCGGCAAGAGCUACGGCGUGCUCUUCUUCGCCAGGAGCCUCCAAGGCGUCGGCUCCGCGUUCGCCGACACCGCCGGCCUCGCCAUGAUCGCCGAUCGCUUCACAGAGGAAGCGGAACGCUCCAAGGCUCUCGGCAUCGCGCUGGCCUUCAUCAGUUUCGGCUGCCUGGUGGCACCGCCGUUCGGCGGCGCUCUCUACCAGUUCGCCGGCAAGGAGGUGCCGUUCCUCAUACUGGCGUUCGUCAGCCUGGCCGACGGUUUCAUGCUGCUGCUGGUGAUGAAGCCGAUAAAGGAGCAGCUGCGCGACAGGAACAGGGAGGAAAAGUCGACGAUACCGAUCUGGCGGCUGCUCAUGGACCCGUACAUCGCCGUGUGCGCGGGCGCCCUGAUGAUGUCGAACGUCGCGCUGGCUUUCCUCGAGCCGACCAUCUCGCUGUGGAUGGAGGACACGAUGACGCACGACAACUGGAAGAUCGGUAUGGUCUGGCUGCCGGCCUUCUUCCCGCACGUGAUGGGCGUGAUGAUCACGGUGAAGAUGGCCAAGCAGUACCCGCAGUACCAGUGGCUGAUGGCGGCCUGUGGCCUCGCGCUCGAGGGCUUCUGCUGUUUCAUCGUACCCUUCUGCAGCACGUACAAGAUGCUGAUGAUCCCGGUGUGCGGCAUCUGCUUCGGCAUCGCGCUCAUCGACACCGCCCUGCUGCCGACCCUCGGCUACCUGGUGGACGUGAGAUACGUGUCGGUCUACGGUAGCAUCUAUGCGAUCGCCGAUAUAUCGUAUAGCUUGGCAUACGCGGUAGGCCCGAUCAUAGCCGGUGGCGUCGUCGAGGCGAUCGGCUUCACCGCCCUCAACGUCGGCAUCGCAUUUUCCAACUUGCUCUACGCCCCGGUGCUUUACUAUCUCAGGCAUAUCUACGACUUCAAGCCGUUCCAGGACGAGGCGAACGUACUGAUGCAGGAUCCGCCCGACAAGGAGUACCAGACGUACGUUCUUCAGGAGCAGCGGCCGAUCACCGGCGAAAUUGGCAACCAUUUGAAUCAGACACGCAUGGAGACUAAUGUCGACCAAAGCUAUGUCGAUCGAAACUACCAAGCGACGCAACCCAACUACGAUCAAGCUGCUGGCUACGGGAUGCAGAGUGCGAACACGAUCGGCUACAAUCAGGUCGCUCACGAGCAACCGCCGCUCUACAAUCAGGCUACGGCCGGUUACGGCCAACACGGCGAAUACGGCCAGCAGAGGAAUUAUGCGCUGGAGCAGCAGGAGCAGCAGAGGGGCGGCGCGCAGGUGGACGUGAACCCCUUCAGAAGACCGGCCGAUGCGGAUCAACGGCCAACUGGGGACAGUAACCCUUUCAGACAAGGAAUGUAUUAAAUUCCGCGACGACCGCCGCGAUGUCUCGUGCCGUCGAUUCAUCGAUAAUAGAGCGGCCGACCUUUGACCUCGAGAGUGACAGUGUUUGAAAGAAUGGAAGAGAGAGAGAGAGGGGGGGAGAGAGAGAGAGAGAGAGAGAGAGAGAGAGAGAGAGAGAGAGAGAGAGAGAGAGAGAGAGAGAGAGAGAGAGAGAGUCUUUGAGACAGGCUUCCACUUAUCGGCGGAGAAGCAAGCGCGCUCGCUGAAUCUCGAUCGUACUCCGAGUAUCGUCAACCUUGGUCGGGAAUGAGAGGCAACGACUUCCAAAUAGUCAUUCUGCCAGCAGUGAAUCCUGACGGUCCUGGAAUCUUGAGAUUCGAGCUUCUACUUGAGAUUUCGCUAGCUGCACGAAUCGCGAUGCGAGAAGAAAUAAGGAGAGACAAGGCGAGCGCUGAACUGCGACUUGGCGCAUCGUCAUUUACGGCAAAAUAUGUGACACUGAAACUACAAGACUGAAGUGGAAGUAAUAACAUGCGUUGGUACGAUAAGCUCGUAAAAAAAGAGAGAGAGAGAGAGAGAGAGAGAGACCCUUUUCGUCGCAAAGAAAAAUAAUGGAAAGUGAAUAAUAGUCGCAACGCAACAUCGAAAUAAAUUUAGAGUGAGAGGAAACGAACGUGUGUCGCUAUUGCGAAGAAAGAGAAGGGAUUUGCGUCUUUUGUCGUGAAAUAUGCACGAUUUAGGACGCAAGUUGUAGUUGCGUAAGAAAAUCGGAAGAGAAAGAGCGAGGAUUCGCAACCGCGACAAAAGCUUUCCGUCAGCGAAGAUGUUCGCUCGCUCGUUGCUGAGCAAGUUGUUUUGAGUUUUUACGGCUUUUCUUGAAAAUCGUUCUAUCGCUGGACGGAAAUAUCAUAUCGUUAAUUAAGGCGUCAGAAAUUUAGGAAAUAAGGUUUUAAGUUAAGUAGGUAAAUGUAUAGAGAGUUGCGACAAAGAUAGACAAAACUCGACGUUUAAAGUUCGCUCUACAAUGGCAAAGUAUUCGUCUCAAUUCCGAUUUUUGGACGAGUCUUGUGUUACUCCUGUUAUGCUAAUUAUUGAAAAAUAUCAUCGAGAGAUACUACUUGAAAGAUAAAAUUUGGAUUCACUAAGCAUGUUUUUGGUUAACGAAAUCUACAAUGUUCGUUACACAUACGCAUACACACACAUGUAUGUGUAUGUAAAUUCCUUGUCAUGAUUAAUUGUUAUGGACGUUAAUAAAGCUAAAUAAAACCUC